UAAGGCGUGCGUCGGGGCCGGCGGGGGGCCGCGGGGGGCGGCGGAGGGGUCGGCCGCGAGCUUAGCUAGGGGCGGGCGUCAAAAGGAGUCGGCAGUGGGACAGCGCUCGGCGGACCCACCACUUGAUUCUCGCACUCGGCCCCGAAAACAUCAGCAAUGGCGGACAAGGAAAAGAAGAAGAAGAAGAAGUCCACCAAGGAGGAGGCGCCCGCUCCCGCCCCCGCCCCCGAGCCCGAACCAGCACCGGCUCCAGCGCCGGCUGCUGAGCCCGCUCGCGCCAGCCGCGGCUCCAAGAAGGCUGCCAAGCGCUCUGGCUCCAAUGUCUUCUCCAUGUUCAGCCAGAAGCAGGUGGCCGAGUUCAAGGAAGGCUUCCAGAUGAUGGACUGCGACAAGGACGGCAUCCUGAGCAAGAACGACCUGCGCGCCACCUUCGACUCCCUGGGUCGCCUGGUGGCUGAGAAGGAGUUGGACGCCAUGGUCAACGAGGCCUCCGGCCCCAUCAACUUCACCCAGCUGCUCACCCUUUUCGCCAACCGCAUGUCCGGUGGCUCUGAUGAGGACGACGUCGUCAUCAAUGCCUUCAAGACCUUCGAUGAGAACGGCAAGAUCGACAGCGAGAAGUUCAGAUACGCUCUGAUGACCUGGGGAGACAAGUUCUCCGCCCAGGAGGUCGAUGACGCUUUCGACAACUUUGAAAUCGACGACGCCGGUUUCAUCGACACCGGCAAGCUGAUCGCCGUGCUCACCGCCUCCGGCGAGGAGGAAGGAGGAGAGGAGGCGUAAAUUCGUCACCAUUCAUCAGAAAACGCAACAACAUCUAACUUCCAGCCAAACAACAUAAAUAUAUAUGUUUAAAUGAAACAUCUUUACGAAACAAAACACCAACAACAUGAACAACAAACGUUUAACAUCAAAACAACAUCUUGUAUAUCGUCCAACAACCAAGAACUCGGGGCAGGCGAGACUAAACUAAUAUCGACGGUAAGAUCCAACAACUUACAACAAGAACUGUACACAUGAUAAAAGUAAUAAAGCCAAAAAUAAUAAAGAUACAAUUUAUUAUUGCAAAAAGCGA